GUUCUUGGUCCUUCCCCGGCCAAUGGUCUGAAUGCAGCCAAAUGGAUCUCCAACAACCCCAGAAAAAGGUUCCUGAUCGAGAAGUCUCCGAGCCGCCUCUUACUGUAAAACAUGACAUUAUUAGCCCCUGCCAGCCUGCCAGCCUGCCAGUCGCAGGGAUGGACAAGGGCUGGAUAAUAGACCGAUGAUGUAAGGUCCAGCCAGCUUGAUUGUGGCAACCAUCCAGCAAGUGCUGGCAGGGCUGUGAAGCUGGAUCAGGUGAGAACGUUUGAAGCUUUGUUUCGUGGGGAGCACUUUCAAACUUCUUAUUUCUGCAAUUGAUCAAAUGCUUAUAUCUAUCUUUGUCGCUACUUUUGGCUGUUGAUCGUUGCUGGACCGCGACCAUGGACUCGUUCUCCCACGAUAUUGUCCCGCAAGGAUCUCCUGAGCGGGGGAGACUUGGACGCCCUUCAUUCAGUUCGCAGAAGACGGCAGAUCGGUUGCGCGAGUGCGAACGCAGACCCUCGAUAGCAACUAUUUCGAAGAUUAAACCACAGAGGCGCUCGGUAUUCAGAGAGGAGGGGCUGGAUGAUCUGAGCAACAGCGUGUAUAAGGACGGCCCGGAUAUUGACCUGGGAUCUUUACAUGAGGGUGAUGAAGAUGGCUUCACGAUGGAGGCGGAUGGAGACAAGAAUGGAGGUGUCGUAAAGGAAAGCAGGUACGACCAGAAUUGUGUGAAGGAUGGAGGUGCAGGACAGCCGUGGUAUUCGAAACUUUCGAGGGGAUCUAGACCGGUUAUCAAGAGCUCUGCAACUGCUCCUCCUGGGUCAUUUUCUUCUAUCCCUAGAGUGGCAUUAAUCGUUUUCUUGGUCGCGGUUGUGGUGCCUGGAUUUCGCUAUGGCGGGGGAGAAGAUAAGGUCAAUAUUGGGGGAGUAGACGCUGGUGUAAUCAGGACGGCGGAAUUGGUGGAAAACGCGUCGACAAUUGAAGGAAGAGCAGAUAGUCCUACUUCUACGUGUACAAGAUGGGCGGCACAGAUUGCGAAUGUGAAUGGGACAGUAUAUAUCUAUGGCGGUCAAGCAAAAUCAGCAAGUGGCCAGACAACAGACACAUGGAGUAAGCAAUUUAAUAUGCAUACAUCCUUAUUGGUACUAACUCUUCCAGACAAUAAUUUCCUCACAUUAGACCUGACUAAGUCCUGGUCCAGGGAUGAGCCUGAAUUGAAAGGGCUUCCUCAGCCAUCAGGCCCUCCAGCCGUUGCUAUGGGCUCUUUAUGGAACUCUUACACCUCACUCUUCCUCUAUGGAGGACAAUUCUCCGACAAUCCUCCAGAAGCGCCACUUCCUGUCUCCACUUGGGAAUAUGAUAUCAAUGCCGCCAAGUGGAUAGAAUGGAACAACCCACGUACGUCUACUGGAAACCACUCUGAAGCUGGUGACAUGCCUGUCCAAAGGUCUGCCGAAGGAGCCGGUCUGAGUGUGCCUGAGUUGGGGAAGAGUUGGUACUUUGGUGGCCAUCUGGAUAUGUAUACCACGGAGGGUUGGUCGAACCAGGUUGCUAGGGUUUAUCUUAGGAGUAUGUUGGAGUUUACGCAUCCCGGAUAUGCAAAUAGUGGCAUCGACUCCUUAGGAACGACUAAGGCUGCCCCUCAAGGGGGAGCUUACCGAAACAUCACCGAAGGCGGUUUACAAGACUCGGCCGGCUUCACGGAACGGGCAGAUGGUGUGCUGGUAUAUAUCCCAGGGUGGGGAGAUGAGGGAAUUGUAUUGGGUUUGGCAGGUGGCACAAACGCAACCUUUACCGAGAUGGACACAAUUGACAUAUACGACGUGGCGAACAGUACGUGGUACAAACAAGCUACUUCGGGUGAAAGCCCACCCAUACGAGUCAACCCCUGUGUCGGUGUUGUAGCUGCACCAGAUGGAACCUCAUUCCAGGUGCACCUAUAUGGUGGACAAAAUCUCAUUCCCUUUGGAAGUCAGAUUCAGUACUCUGACAUGUGGAUCCUGACAAUCCCCUCGUUCACUUGGAUUCAAGUUCCUAUGGACGGACAAUCUCAACCUGCAGCUCGAGCAGGCCACCAAUGCACCAUGUGGGAUAGCCAAAUGGUUGUAAUAGGCGGCUAUGUCGGCAAAGACAUCUCAUGCGAUAGCCCCGGCAUAUUCGUCUUCAAUACUUCCUCCCUUGAAUGGCAGAACAAUUUCAUCUCGUUAUCACCCUCUUCGUCCGACUCCUCGGACACACCUGGUACAUCAGGCUCUGGAUCUUUCAGCGAAGACAACGGGUAUGGAUAUUCGAUCAUCCAAGGAUCCAGGGGAUAUCAAGUCCCAGCCCUAGUGCAAUCUGUCAUUGGUGGGGGCUCUCAAGGAGGAGCAACAGCCACCUCCCCAGCUGUAGGUGCUGCAACAGCAGGUCCUAUUGCAACCGGGAAGCCACCAACAUUCACAGUCACUCAGUCUGGUUCAAUCGUGACCCAGACUGCAUCCCCCGGAUCAGGCAGCGGAUCCUCCAAUGGAGCAAAACCCGAGAAAUCAGGAACCAAUGUAGGUGCUGUAGUAGCAGGUGUUAUUGCAGGUCUCCUCGCUAUCCUAGCAGCCUAUCUCGCCUUUUGUUCUUGGCUGUACAGGAAGCAACUGAAGCUAUACAAAAACCACGUUGCCAUGGCACAGCGCACUGCGUUUACCAACAGUCCGGAGAACGCGAUGUACAGCUCUGACGCUGGCUCCGACAGGCUUGCCGCUGUGAGGAGUCAUGAGAAACCGCACGGUGUGGUCUUGGGACCUUUCGGAACAGAGAUCGGCGGCAGCGGUACACCGGGCUCGAGUGUAGGUCGCUCCUCAACGGGCUCAAGACUCACCCCUGGAAGCGGCAUGCAGGAAAGUAGUAGUGGUCAAGGCAGCUACGGAUACGGUGGAGGCGUCAUGCCUGGUGGUCGAUACGGCAGGAUGAGCGAAGGCGAUGAAGGAGUAGAGUACCUGGGUGCGACCGACCCUGGGAGUUAUGGUCGGCCUGGGGGUAGUCUGACUGCGAAUUCUAGUGUGGAAGAUCUACUUGGUGGGCAGGAACCGAGUUUCUUCUCCGUGGUGUUGAACCCGAGGCGGACGCUGAGGGUUGUGAAUCUGGAUUAAGGCGAAGGAAAUGCCGAGCUAGACAAUGUGAAUAGCAUGAGAGAUCUAGUGUGGGUACACGACAUCUUCAUUUGGAGUUUCGGAUUGGAUAUAUAUUUCUUGGUUGGUAUAUAGGUAUAGGGUGGAAAUCUGGGAGCAAGGCAACGGACGAUUCGUCGUCAUUGGAUUGGAAACAAUGAUAUGAUACCCUGUCGUAAUGUCUAAGCACAUGAAAAAACAUCACGCUAUUAGCUAAGAGUAGAGAAGAGAAGGAUUAGAAAAUGAGAAGUACAUAAUUGUAAUUGCUCUGUGAGUGUUUGCCAAUUGCUUCUGACUCGGC